AUGUCCUAUGGGAAUGGCAAAGACGUCGAACUCGCAGACGUGGGCCCUGCCAAAAAAAAUGUACUCGUUACAGACCUGCAUAUUAGUGAAGGGUCGGUAGAAGUGGAUGAUACAAACAAGGAGCAUCUGCAGCCCUAUUCAUCCUCUUUCUUUUCCCCGGAUCUGGCUCGCAUCCGAAGAGAGUACUUUAGUAUUAUCUUUCAAUCAACUGGUAUGACCCUACUAUUGAUGUGGAUACUCUUGUCAGUGUACUGGGCUGCACUAGCAUAUUCUGAUCGACUAACAAGCAAUCUUACCGCUUGGUUCAUUGAUCGCGACAACGACACCAUUGGACUUGCACUAUGGGCAGCCAUCAACAACGAUACAUCGCCAGGACCUCGAUUGGGCUGGAGUCAAGUCGACCCUACCAUAUUUGCGAGCGACGAGGACGUGAUGCAGGCGGUCAUCAGUGAACAAAUUUGGUUAGCUCUUGUCGUUGAGACAAACGCUACUGACAAACUGUCUGCUGCGAGACAAACUGGCAAUAGCACAUUCAACCCCACUUCCUUGCUCACUGUUUACUAUGCUACUGCUCGUCAUGAAGUCGCGAUCGGCACUGCCGUCAUUCCAAUCUACAGCAACCUCCUCGGGGAGGCUGUGUCGUCUCUCGCUACUACUUCUGCACAGCAAUAUUUCGCGCGAAUCUAUGCGCAGGGUCAGGCGAAUGAAACUGCUUUGCAACUGAUUGCACAAGCCCCACAAACGAUUUCUCCUGGCAUCGGCUGGACCACUGUCGACCUUCGGCCAUUUGACGCGCCCGUGGCGAGUGCCAGCCUGGUUGUUGGGCAGGCUUUUCAAUUAAUAUUUACGUUCAUUAUGGUUGAAGCCAAUGCGUCUGCUCGAGCUCUCGUUCAGAAACAUCUCCGACUUUCUUCCUACCUCCUACUUCGCUUUGCCGUGCCAUUGCUGAUCUAUGUACCUAUGAGCCUAACAUACGUCCUCGUCAGCAUGACAUUCGGGCUUCCAAUAAAUGCAAAGUUUUCAGCUACGGGUGGCUUCUUCCUGAUGUGGAUAUAUGUUUACCUAGGCACGAGCACGAUUGGAAUGUCAUUGGAGUCCAUGGUCACCGUGCUUCCACCACGUCUCACUCCCUUCUUCCUGUUCCUACUCAUCACUGCCAACCUCUCAAGUUCAGUCUAUCCGCACGAGCUGACGCCUAACUUCUAUCGUUUCGGCAUUGCCUUUCCCUUCUGGAAUGUGGCCCAGGCGAUGCGGACAAUAGUAUUCAAUACCCACUCGUACCUCAUGCGCAAUGCAGGUGUUCUUAGCGGGUGGAUUAUUCUCUCUGCACUGACGAUGACAUUGUUCACAUGCUAUCGUCGCGGCCUCGAGGUCAAGGCCGCAGCCAAACCGAAGAUGGAUGGAAGGACGUGA